AUGGCUGAAAUAGUUUUCAAAAUUAAUGGGAAAGAACAUAAAGUGGAUGGAAAAUUCAGUCCAGAUGUAACCCUCGUCGAGUACAUAAGGAAUGUAGCGCACCUUCGCGGAACCAAGUUCAUGUGUCGGGAAGGAGGCUGCGGCGCUUGUGUGGUCAACAUACGAACAGCUCAACCCCCAAGCAACGAGAUCAAAACGUUUGCUGUAAACUCUUGCUUGGUUUCGAUUUUAUCAUGUCACGAAUGGGAUGUGACAACCAUAGAAGGCAUUGGUAGCGAAAGGACCGGAUACCAUGAGAUCCAAAGAAGGCUCGCCCGAUUUAAUGGUACUCAGUGUGGUUACUGUUCACCAGGCUUUGUGAUGAGCAUGUACAGUGUCUACAUGUCCAAAAAUAAAAAUAUAACAACUAAGGAAGUGGAGAAUUCAUUUGCAAGUAACAUUUGUCGGUGUACUGGUUAUCGACCAAUAGCUGAAGCUUUCAAAUCGUUUGCUAUGGAUGCUGAUGAAGCAUUACGUGAUAUAGUUAUAGAUUUAGAAGAUUUACAUUCAUUAAAAUCCUGUACAAGAGAUUGUUUAAAAGAAUAUUCCGAUAAAAAGUGCUCAACUAAAGAUAAACAGAACAAGAACAGUGAUAAACUUAAACUCAAAGAUAAUAAUUGGUGCAUAAUAGAAAAUUUAAGAAAUGAGACAUUUAUGGUUCAAAGUGCGUUAUAUAAAUGGGUGAAAGCAUAUUCUCUAGCUGAUGUCUUUAAAGCAAUACAAAGUGAUGAUAACUACAAAUUGAUUGCGGGAAAUACUGGACAAGGUGUAAACCAACUUGGUGAUUACCCAACUACCGUUAUAGAUAUAUUUAGUGUAUAUGAACUGAAAGAACAUGUGUUGGAUGUCAAUUUAAUACUUGGAGCAGGUAUAUCUUUGUCAGAAUUAAUGGAAAUUUUUGGUCACAUUUCUGCAUCAAAUGAUGGAUUUAAAUAUCUACAAGAACUAUAUAAUCAUUUAGAUUUAGUAGCUCAUAUGCCAGUCCGAAAUAUUGGGACAAUAGGUGGAAACCUGAUGCUUAAACAUAUUAAUAAUGAUUUUCAAUCAGAUUUGUUUCUAUUAUUUGAAACUGUUGGAGGAUUAAUCACAAUAGCUGAAGAAGUAGGAAAAAACACAACGAUGGCGCUUCCUGAAUUUUUAAAGUUUGAUAUGAAUAGAAAAAUUAUUGUAAACGUCAUACUUCCACCUUUAUCUCAGUGUUGCUCUCUUAAAACCUACAAGAUUAUGCCAAGAGCUCAAAAUUCUCAUGCAAUUGUCAAUGCUGGAUUUUUGUUCAAAUUCCAUCACAACUCUCAGCUUCUCGAAAGUGCUACCUUAGUUUAUGGAGGAAUAUCAAAAAUUUUCAUACAUGCUUCUACAACUGAGGCAAUGUUAAUUGGCAGAGAUCCUUUUACUAAUGAGACAUUGCAGUUAGUUCUAAAGAGUCUACAAGAAGAGAUACUGCCUAUCGAAAAUCCACCAGAACCUUCGGCUGAAUACAGAAAAAUGCUUGCUAUUAGUCUUUACUACAAAGCAAUUCUUUACCUUUGUCCUGAUGAUAAAAUUAAUCCUACAUACCGAUCAGGCUGGAAGGUAUUCAAAAGAGAAACCUCAAAAGGAAGUCAAAGCUUUGAAACUGAUGAAAGUUUAUGGCCUUUAAAUCAACCUGUGUCAAAGUUAGAAGCUUUGGUGCAAUGUGCUGGUGAGGCCGAAUAUUCAAACGACAUCCCUGCAAUGAGCGAAGAAGUAUUUGCUGCAUUUGUUACUGCUGAUGUAAAUCCUGGAAGUAUCAUUAGUGGUUUUGAUACCAAACAAGCAUUUAAUAUUUCUGGAGUAUCAGGUUUUUAUACUGCGAAGGAUAUUCCAGGAAACAAUACCUUCACACCAUCGAAAAUCCCAAUUAUGGACGUGGAUGAGGAAAUUCUAUGUUCAAAAGAAGUAAUGUACUAUGGACAACCAACUGGAAUUAUUAUUGCUGACAGAGAAUUGACUGCGCAAAAAGCUGCCAAGCUGGUAAAAAUAUUAUACUCUUAUGAAAGUACUAAGAAACCAUUGUUGACAAUAGAUAGUGUACUUGAAUCUCCAGAAAUGAACAACAGAAUUACUAAUAAUCAAGUAAUUGACCCAACUGACGCUGGAAAUGAUGUCAAACAUGUGUUAAGUGGAGAAUUAAAAUUAAAAGGUCAAUAUCAUCAUUACAUGGAACUUCAAACAGCUGUUGCAGUCCCUACAGAAGACGGAUUAGAUGUAUAUUCGUCAUGUCAAUGGUUAGAUUUGACUAGUGUGGCUAUAGCUGAAUGUCUUAACCUUCCAGUAAACAGAAUUAACGUAAUAGUCCGUAGACUGGGAGGUGGAUAUGGAGGUAAAAUAUCACGACCAUCACAAAUAGCGUGCUCAGCAGCUUUAGUUGCAUAUUUAGAGAGAAAAACUUGUAGAUUUGUAGUACCAUUAAUAACCAAUAUGAAAUCCGUUGGCAAAAGGUUACCGUUAAAUAGCAAUUUCGAGGUAGGCGUCAAUGAUGACGGCCUUAUUCAGUAUCUAAAAACGACCUUUCAUCAAGACCACGGCUAUUCCUUCAAUGAAAACAUAUCAGCACGGACAAUCGCACACUUUUACAGUUGCUACGACCCAAAGCGAUGGCAGAUUGAAUCUAAUAGCAUUAUCACUGAUACAGCAUCUAACACGUUUUGUAGGUCACCAUCAUCCACAGAAGGAAUCGCAAUGAUAGAAAAUAUAAUGGAAUACAUAGCAUACAAUAUUGGAAAGGACCCUAUACAGGUUCGCCUUUUAAAUAUGGAAGCAGAAAAUAACCCGUUCCCCGAUAUGAUAAAUCAAUUGAAGAAUGAUUGUGAAUACGAUAAACGAAAUGAAGAAGUGAUUUCAUUCAAUGAACAAAACAGAUGGAUGAAAAGGGCUUUGAAAUUAAUGCCAAUGACAUUUGAAAUUUAUUACUUUGGGAAUUAUAAUUCAGUCGUGUCAAUUUAUCACGCAGAUGCUUCGGUGGUCAUUUGUCAUGGUGGCAUAGCUAUGGGACAAGGGUUGAACACAAAAGUAGCUCAAGUAUGCGCUUAUGUACUAGGUGUACCAUUGGACAAAAUAAGAAUAAAACCUAGUACAAGUUUAAUCUCACCUAACGCAAUGGUAACUGGUGCAAGUAUUGGCAGUGAGUGUGUUGCGUUUGCUACAAAGAAAGCUUGUGAAAUUAUUCUAGAUAGAUUAAAUCCUAUUAAAGCUAAAGGGUCAUAUACUUGGGAGGAACUUAUAACUAAAGCAUAUGAAGAUGGUGUUGAUUUACAAGCUACGUAUAUGUAUUCUUCUAAAGAUGAAUUAAAACCAUAUAAUGUGUAUGCUGUGUGUGCUUUAGAAGUUGAAGUUGACAUGUUAACUGGUAAUCAUGACGUCAGAAGAGUUGACAUACUAGAAGACACCGGAAGAAGCUUAAGUCCUAUGAUUGAUGUGGGCCAGAUCGAAGGAGCAUUCGUGAUGGGCCUCGGGUAUUGGACGUCAGAGAACCUGGUCUACGACGAGUCUACAGGGGAACUGCUGACAAAUCGAACCUGGACGUACAAACCUCCGGGGAUUAAGGACAUUCCUGCUGACAUGAGAAUUUACUUCCGGAGGAACGCUGGCAAUGAGCACGGGUUACUUCAAUCUAAAGCUACAGGAGAGCCAGCGUUUUGUCUGGCCACAAUAAUCCUGCACGCGUUUCGCGAGGCCGUCCGAUCUGCGCGGCUGGACGCAGGCUACCCGGACCAGUGGCUGGAUAUAGGUAUACCUUGCACAGCGGAGAAUAUUUUCAUGGCGGUUGAACACAAAGUAGAACAUUUCCUCCUAAUGUAACUGAACCCUCACGAAUAAAUAAAAUAAUAAAACAAAAUAAUUUAAAGUUAUAUAAAAUUAAUAUAAAUUUAUGAUAAUAUUUUUUAAUCAACAAGAAAUAU